AUGAUUAUUUCUCUGUAUUUAAUUGGUUUUUGUACGUGUGUAUUUUAUCUGCAUUUUGUUUAUCGCAACUGGAGGUAUCUCAAGUUUUCUUGGCAAGUAAAAAACGGUUUUUGGUAUCCCAUAUUGCCUCUGAUUGGUAACACGUAUGUCACUUUAUUUUCUGACUCAUUAAACGUAACUUCCCUGGCGCAAUGGAUCGACAAAAUAAAAGGUUUUCCGUUCAGUUUGUGGUACGGCAAUAAGUACACGUACAUAACCAGAGACGCCAAGGAAAUAAAAAUCAUUGUGAAUCAUCCGAAGUGCAUUAACAAGUCACUAAUGUACGAUAAGUUUAAGUUUUUUUUUGAACAUUCUAUUUUUUCAGUGCCUGAUGAAACAUGGAAAAAACAGCGCAAACAUUUUGUAACGGGCUUCAAAUCAAGUAUUUUGAAAAACAACAUUUACGUUUACUAUAAUCACAGUAACCAAAUGAUUGAAGAUCUGAAAUCUGUUAAAAUUCCUAAAGAUAUAUUUUGGUAUUUUGCUAGGUACGCUAUUCAAAGCUUUUUUUUGGGCAAUACCGGCAUAAGCGACUACCUACCUUCAUUUGAAAUAGACACAGUGGGCGAUAACAUAUUUCGGAUCCACGAUCUUCUUAACUCGUUAAUCGCAUUACCGUUUAUCAGUCCCAAAUUGUGGUUGGCGAUUUUUCCUGCCGGCAAAAAAGUCACAAAAUUGCUACAAAAAUCUGAAGAUAUCAUCAAAAAUGGGUUAGAACACAAGAGAAAGAUGCUUAAAGAAAAACAGGAAUAUUUUGAAAAUACCAAGGAUUUUUUCGAACUAUGCUUGACUUACGGCGCAGACGAUUUGGAUGAUAGAAAGAGGAUCCAGCAAGUGGAUCUUUUUGCUUCAGCUGCCAGCGAUACCACAGGAAAUGCGCUCGCCUUUACUUUUAUAUUAUUAGGAAUGCAUCAAGAAAUACAGGCAAAACUAUAUGAGGAAGUAAUGGAAGUUGUGGGCGAUAAAGACAUAACGCAUCAAGAUUUGCCAAAUUUAAAAUACACCGAAGCCGUCAUUUGCGAAACUAUGAGAUUAUUUCCAUCAGUACCUUUAAUAGGAAGACUUUGCAAUGAAGAUAUUAAUUUAGGUACAAAAAUACUUCCAAAAGGUUCCUCAUGCAUGUUCAGCAUCUUACAUUUGCACAGAGAUCCGCAAUACUGGCCAGAUCCAUUGAAGUUCGAUCCAUCUAGAUUUUUGCCAGAAAACCAAUCGAAAAUUAAUCCGUCUUCUUUUAUGGCCUUUUCAGCUGGACCUAGAGAUUGUUUAGGUAAAACCCAGGCAUUGGCAAUGAUGAAAGUAACCGUGGCCAACGUUGUCAGAUAUUUCAAAAUAACGUCAAAACAUAAGUGUUUUGAAGAAUUCACUUUGGAAUCUUGCCUGACCAUGAAAACGAAAGAAAGUCCUAAUUGCCGUUUUUCUGCCAGGAAAAAAUUAUAAAAUAUUUAUUAUUAUUACACAUGUUAUAA